AUAAAACAUGCAGAUCAUCCGUCAGACUCGUGCUGCGCCUCCCUCUGCAGUGGGAUCAGCAGCCGAGCAGCCGCUCAGCCAAUGGAAAAGUAGGAGUGCUGAAUGGAGCGCUCUGAUUGGUGUAGGCGGUGCUGAGCAGACUGGGCAUGAUUAAAGGGUGGCCACCACAUGCACAGCCACAAUAAUCUGCUUCAUCUCCAGACUGACAUCUAUCUUGACACAGAUUUUAAGGAUUGAGAAAUGUCUCCAGUUUCAGUCUCCACCAACAGGGUCGUUCCAGGACCUCAGGAGCCGGAGGAGAAGACUUACCAUCCAUCCGAUGGCCUGUUCACUGAUGCACACGUGCCAGACUUUGAUGCAUAUCUUGCUUUAUACAAAAAGUCUACAGAAGAGCCUGAAGAGUUCUGGGCUGAUGUUGCUCAAGAGUUUUACUGGAAGAAGCCUCCGUCAGGCCAGAUGCUGCAGUAUAACUUUGACGUCAACAAGGGGAACAUUUACAUCAAGUUUAUGGAGGGAGCAAAAACCAACAUCUGCUACAACGUCCUUGACCGAAAUGUGCAUGAGAGGAACCUGGGAGAGAAAGUGGCUUACUACUGGGAGGGAAACUCACCUGAUCAUCACCAGACCAUCACCUACAACCAGCUGUUGAGAAACGUGUGCCGAUGUGCCAAUGCAUUGAAGCUGUUGGGUGUGAAGAAAGGAGACAGAGUCGCCAUCUACUUACCCAUGAUUCCAGAGCUGGUGUACACGAUGCUGGCCUGUGCGAGAAUCGGAGCUGUUCACUCGAUAGUGUUUGCAGGUUUCUCGUCUGAGUCUCUGUGCGAGAGGAUCGUGGAUGCUCAGUGCAACAUCCUGGUAACAGCAGAUGGUGUUUACAGAGGUGACAAGCUGAUCAAUCUGAAGAAGAUUGCGUCUGAAGCUGUGGAGCGCUGUAAGGAGAGCAUGGCCUCGUGUGUUCAGAAGUGUGUGGUGGUCAAACAUCAUGCCUUCAGAACAAACACUGAUGCUUCCAGCAAACUACAGACCCCGUGGGAUGAAUCAUGUGACAUUUGGUGGGAUGAUCUGAUGGACGGUGUGUCAGACGAGUGUGAACCGGAGUGGAUGGACUCAGAAGAUCCUCUCUUCAUACUUUACACCAGCGGCUCGACCGGAAAACCCAAGGGGGUCCUUCACACCGUCACUGGAUAUAUGCUCUAUACAUCACUGACCUUCAAAUAUGUUUUCGAUUAUCACCAUGAUGACGUUUACUGGUGCACUGCAGACAUUGGCUGGAUAACAGGCCACUCCUACAUCACGUACGGCCCUUUAGCCAACGGCGCCACCAGCGUGCUGUUUGAAGGUGUGCCGGUGUAUCCUCAUGUGGGCAGACUGUGGGAGAUCAUUGAGAAGUACGGAGUCUCUAAGUUCUACACCGCACCCACUGCUAUACGACUGCUGAUGAAAUACGGGAGAGAACCACUGCAGCGGUAUGAUCUGUCCAGUUUGCGUGUGUUGGGUACGGUUGGUGAACCCAUAAACCCAGAGGCUUGGCUUUGGUAUUAUGAUGUUGUGGGUCAGCAGCGCUGUCCGGUUAUUGACACCUUCUGGCAAACAGAGACGGGUGGCCAUGUUUUGACUCCACUUCCAGCUGCUACACCACUGAAGCCUGGAUCUGCUACGUGCCCAUUUUUUGGAGUCCAGCCUGCCAUUCUCAAUGAACAUGGAGAAGAACUAGAGGGCGAGGCGGAGGGAUACCUGGUUUUCCGGAAGCCCUGGCCAGGAAUCAUGAGGGGUGUGUACGGGAAUCAGGAACGCUUUGAAAGCACCUACUUCAGAAAAUUCCCAGGAUUCUAUGUGACAGGAGAUGGCUGCAGGCGAGACCAGGAUGGAUAUUACUGGAUCACCGGCCGGAUCGAUGACAUGCUGAACGUCUCUGGUCAUUUGUUGAGCACAGCAGAGGUGGAGGCGGCUCUGACCGAACACCCGUCGGUGGCUGAAGCUGCGGUGGUCAGUCGGCCUCAUGCAGUGAAGGGAGAGUGUCUGUACUGCUUCGUCACUCUGAAAGACCACAAAGAGUUCAACCGCACGCUGAUGGAGGAACUAAAGAGAAAAGUGAGGGAGAAGAUCGGACCAAUCGCCACCCCAGAUUUCAUCCAGAACGCUCCAGGGCUUCCCAAAACCCGUUCAGGUAAGAUAAUGCGAAGAGUUCUGCGACAAAUCGCCCACAAUGAAAAAGACCUGGGUGACCUUUCGACCCUGGCUGACCCCAAGGUCGUGGAUGUGCUGUUCAGCCAAAGAUGUGAGGCGGCAGCGUAAAUUCAGCUAUGAUCCAUCCCUUUUGAUGGCUCUGUGUGUCACCUUGUGUGUGGUAAGGACUUUGGGUUUGGGUUAGAACGGGCUCUGGUUCUCCUAGAUCACAUCUAAUGGGGUGUAACUCCUUUCGUGAAUCAGGUAAAACAAACAACAAUCACUAAAUGAAGUGUUUCAUGAAACCUCACCUCUGGACACUAAACUUCUCACUUCAGUCAGAGUUUCAUUGACUUUUUUUUCUGUUCUGUCAGGGGAUAUAUUAUGUACAUAUUUUUGGUUUGUUUGUGAUGUUUUUCAGUGCCACAAAAAUGUAUUUACAUUUGCUUUUAAUUGCAUCCAUAAUUGCAGUUUCUCUCACUAAAUUAUUUCAUAUCAUUUAAACCAUUUUUAUAGUACACAACAGGAGAAUAAAAUCACUUCGUUAUUUUAUUUCUCAAAAGAGAUCAGCAAUAUUAGAAAUUUUCGUUUUGAACUUUGAACCUUGCAGGCUUGACUAUGUUUUUUUUUCUUCCAAUUUUAUUUGAUAUUAAACAAUUGUUAGAGAAAUGUGCAAUUUUUUUCAUGGCGUCUUGUCCUGGAUGAAUAAGCUUUUACAAAACCAGUUGUUAAUGCUACUUUGACAGAAAUAUUAGUUCCAAGUAGUUUAACAGUAAUAAUUGCACUUUUCUGUUUUAUGUUUUUAUGAAAUAAAGCAUAUAUCUCUUA